AUGACUGGACUUUUUUUGUAUUUUCGGUUCACUGAGUCGCACUCUGCAUGUGUGUCUGCAGUGUCUGGUCAGGCUCCCGUCGUCUCGGUGGAGCCCCGGACAUCCACAGUGCGCCAAGGGGAGUCGGUCAGCUUCAGGUGCCAAGUGGGGAGUGGAGCACGGCCGAUCCAAGUGGAGUGGAAGAGAGCCAAUAACCAAGCUCUGCAAGAAAACGUGAAAGUCGGUCCAGGAGGCGCAGUGCUCACUGUUGCUAACUCUCGUCCUGUAAACCAGGGACAAUACCGCUGUGUGGCCAGCAACUCUGCAGGCCGAGGCACCGCCACAGCUGUGCUGAAUGUCAAAUAUGCUCCUAAGGUGCGGCUGACACCAGCAGGGCCCCUGCGGGUCAGGAUGGGGGACCCUGUGUCGGUGGAGUGUCGUGCCACAGGCAGGCCGCGCCCCAAGACGACCUGGAAACGCCAAGGAUCCACCCUGCAGUAUGUUACCCAGGACAUAAAUGAUGUCAACACAAUACAGUGGGCUGCAAUGCACCCGGAGGACUCUGGGGUUUAUAUCUGCCAGGCUGAAAGCUCUGAGGGGGUGACGGAGGUCAAGAUUGACGUGGUAGUAGAGGGAGGGCUUGGUGCACCUGUGGCUUCAGUGAGCUCUACAGAGGUCACAGCGGUGGACGGACACACAGUCACCAUGUCGUGUGUGGCCAGCGGUUCUCCGUCACCUGUCAUCUCUUGGUCCAAGCUGCGAGCACCCUUGCCGUGGAAACACACAAUGGCUGGGGGAGUUUUGACACUGACCAGCGUGGGGCGCCAAGAUUCAGGACAAUACAUCUGCAAUGCAACCAACAUACACGGCUACAGUGAGGCAUACGUGCAGAUGGAGGUGGAGAGUCCUCCAUACACCACCUCCCUGCCUGAUCAGGUGAGGCUCCAGCCUGGAGACACCCUGCAGGUUCAGUGUCUGGCUCACGGCUCUCAUCCCAUCAGCUUUGAGUGGACCCGGGUGGGCCGACAGAGUCUGCCUGCAGGAGCAGAGAGCACCAGGGAUGGACAGCUGCUCAUAGCUCACGUUAAACAGAGUGACAGCGGCACCUACAAAUGUGUGGCCACCAAUCACAUCGGCUCCAGUGAGGCCCUGGCCAAAGUGGUCAUUAAAGCCUGAUCAUUGUCAUCCCACCGUGUCUGAUUGACCAGCCGUCAUUACAUCUUUUCAGCUUCUGCAAGCCUAACCAACAAGACUGGGAAGGGUUAAUCCUGAGAAGACAGAGAAAAUUACAUUUUAUAGAUUCAUUUAUUUUAAUCUAUCAAAGGCUCAAAUAUCAACAAAGUUAAAUGUAAUGUUAUUUCUGUGUUCGAGGGUUAAUUUUGUACUUUUAUAGAAAACUAAUAGUGUUGCUUUUAUUGCUCCUGUCUCAUAUCUGCAUCUGAAAGCUCUUCUCUGGAUCACUUUGUGGACAUCCUUCAGUAUCUGUGGGACUUUUCUUCAGCUGGGAUUUCUCUGCACGCUGUCCUCCUCAUGUUAAGUUCACACCGCUUUCUACUUUAAAAAGAGACAAAAUAACCAACCAUGUGCUGAUUUAAAUGCCUUCAUUAUACCGCCAAUUAUCAAAAUAAAAAAGGACAAAUAAAAAAUGUGAAAAUUGUUUUACAAAA